GCAUACACGGCGUAGCAGACGACGCGCCAACAUGGGCUGCGUUCAAUGUCUUGGAUCCGCAUUACUUAGGCGGGUCGUGUCACGUGACAACACAGAUUGUAAAGCGCUGAAUGCGGGUAAGUUUGGGAACGCCAAGGUACCAAGCACUUAUCCUGGGGCCUGGAGUAAGGUCGAGUAAAUUUUGGAACACGGCACACGGCCAUGCCGACGAGGCUACGAAUCGAAUCUGACGUCAGGUGUAAAAGCCAAACAACCCACAUAAAAAAAAAAAAAUAAAAAAAAAGCAAUGAGGAAAAAAAAGUUGUUAGCAGUGUGACAGUAAUAGCAAUAAAUAAUAUUUAUUUCUACUAAUGACGGCCGUAGUGCUUCAGAAAGGCGGAACAAGACAACAAUAAACGGGACGCAUUCGAGUCGCGAAGGAAGAAAACAAAUGCAAUGCGCUCUUCGGGAAGGCACGUGACCGUAACCUCCAGUCACCCUUCUCCUAAACGUGUCAGCACUCACAGAAAUCUUUUGGUGGCGUUUUUUGAACGAAGGAGGUGACUGUAGUUGACUCUUUUCUCUGAAAUCCGGAACUCCGGAAGACUACUUCAAAUCAUUGGGUGUUCGCGAGUCGCGACGUUCUUUGCGGCGGAGGGAUUUUUUUUUAUUUAGCGGUCAUCAAACAUCUAGCCAAUCCUUGUGCUUGUGGGCUUGUGUGUAAGUCCGGCAGACUUCUUGACUGAUAUCCUUCGUAUUCUACGUUUGGCGACCGAAAUAUUUAUGACAUGGCUACUCCUGGCAAACGACGAAAGCGGUACCUAGACGCAGACCAGCCUUACCUCAUCCCGGUAUCAACCUUACGUUUCCAGAAGACGCUUGUGGGUCAGGGGGCUAACGCUGGCACCUCUGUAGUUACGGAACCGCUUGACGGCGACGAAGGUAGAGAGAACGGAGGUUACCGUAGUGACCCUCUAGGUACUGACGAAGACGACAUCCAAGACUGCCACGGAGCCUACCGUGAUGACCCUGUAGAUACUGACGAAGAUGACGCCGAAGACUGCCACGGAGCCUACCGUGAUGACCCUGUAGAUACUGACGAAGAUGACGCCCAAGACUGCCAUGGAGUCGACGUCGGAGAUGUCUCCACCGACAGUGAGCAUGCAUCGCAAGACCAAGCUGAUGACGGAGGGGACAGCACUGAUGAUGAACACCCUGACGGCGAGGUGUCGAGAGAGAAGUCUCUCGAAGAAGCCGUGAUCUCUGAAGACGACGACGACGAGGAGAUGGGACCUGGGUCCAUCGAAGAUCUCUUGACCCUGUGCGUGGAAGAGUUUGGUGCUAGUAUGCUGCCGCAUUCACCAACGUCGAAAGCUGGCGCCAUCGCGAUGGUUAUAUCGUAUGCCGUUUCGGAGAGAUCGACGUGGGCCGGGCUCGGCAAGCUAUUGACACUUGUGAAUGCCUUGUUUGGCAGCGCAGUUCUGCCGACAAGUAUCUACAAGCUGAGGAAGCUGUGGACGAAAAAAAAGGAAAACUUGGUGAAGUACCAUUAUCUGUGCCCAUGCUGUGACACGGUCCUCAACUCAAGCGAUUCGAUUGCACGAUGCGAUGUGUGCAAUUUUGAGGAGUCCACUGAGAAGCUAAGACAUGGUGGGUCAUAUUUCUUGAUGCUCGACCUCCACAAGCAGCUCAAGCACCUAAUUGGAAAAACAAGUGUCGAGCUUCAUCAUUCGCUGUCAAUGCUAGCACUCAAUGACUCUGAUUUGAUUACGGACAUUACAACAGCCGAAGCUUGCAAGCACUUGCGCCAAGAGCUUGCCUUAGGUCCGAGUGACCUAACAAUCACGUUCAACACUGAUGGGAGCCCCAUCUUCAAAUCCUCGAAGACGUCAGUGUGGCCGAUUCAAUUUACAGUAAAUGAACUACCCCCUGCAGUGCGCUUGCACCACCCUACAUUGGCUGGACUCUGGUUUGGGAAGCGCCAUCCAGACAUGUCGGUUUUUCUGACCAAGUUUGUGGAGGAAGUCAACACUAUGGCCCCUGUGACAUGGAUCCAUGGAGAUCAGCAGCUCACUUCAAAAGCCUUUGUACUGUGCUGCAGCGUUGAUACCCCUGCCCGUGCUGCCGUGCAAAACAUGGUCUCUUUCAAUGGGUUCUUCGGCUGCCCAUAUUGCUUGAUGAAAGGCGAGCACGAGGAAGGAUGCGUGCGCUAUGUCGCCGAUGAAGCCCCAAUUCCGAGGACAUCGGAGCUUGUUGUUCGAGACAUGGAGCUCGCCCAGAGGCUGGGGAGCCCUGUAAAUGGUAUCAAGGGUCCAUCACCUCUCAUGAACCUUGAAGGUUUCGACUUGGUUGCUGGCAUGAGCGUGGAAUACAUGCAUUGUGUUCUGCAAGGGGUGGUGCGACAAGUCACGGAGCUCCUCUUUUCAUCGACAAGCUCACGACAGGCAUACUACAUCGGUACACGUGCGUCUGUUGUCAAGGUAGACAAGCGACUACGAAGCAUCAAGCCUCCCCACUGUAUAACAAGGCUGCCUCGUUCCAUUGAGGAGCGUGGCUUCUGGAAGGCGUCAGAGUGGAAGCAGUGGCUCCUUUUUUAUGCACUGCCAUGCUUGCUGGAUGUCCUUCCCCAACUCUACUGGAAGCACCUCUCCAAGCUCUGUGAGGCUGUACACAUUUUGCUGCAUGACAGCCUUACGCUCCGUGACAUCAAGCGUGCAGAAGAACUACUAAACGCGUUCGUGUGUCGCGUCGAGGCCCUCUAUGGGAUAGGGGCCAUGACCUUCAAUAUGCACCUGCUGCUCCAUCUGGCCGGCUGUGUGCGCCACCUUGGACCACUCUGGGCCCAUUCGGCCUUCGUUUUUGAGGGUGGCAAUGGCACACUGGUGAACCUGGUAUCUGCUGCUAAAGGACUGCCCCAGCAGGUCGUGGAGCGGGUCGUGAUGGCGCAGGAGCUGGAGCUCUUGCUUGCCAGCCAUCAUCUACCCAACAGGGUAGAAAAAAUCUGCCACGGCUUUCUGGGCUAUAUGCCCAUUCAGAACGCCUCCCACGUGGAGGAAGCAACCAUGCUUGGCUGUGGGCGUGCAGCAAGUGUCACCACUGACGAAAAGGUUGCUCUGGAGCAGCACUGUAGAGCUUCGAUUAACUGUAUGACGGAGUAUGAGAGGUGUGUUGUGAACCACCAAGUUUACCACAGCACUGCUUACACGAGGGCAACUAAAAGUGACACAACUUUUGUGUGCACGUACGACCAUAGUUACUUUAGGAUUUUAAAAAUCUUGGAACUAAAGUCCUCAAGUGGCACUCACUGCAUCCUUCUUUGCAGGAGUGUUGUGCUGAGGCAAUCACAGUAUCUACCAGAACAUAUUAAGGAGUGUUUCCUUUCUGAAGUUGACACUGUGAGCUGUAUUGAACCUGCUAACCUCAAGAGCAGUUGCGUUUAUGUUGAUUUUCCUACAGACAGCAAGUCAUUCAUUUGCGACUUGCCGAACACAAUAGAGCGUGAUUAGCCUUGACUCUAGAGGGUCUGUGAGAGAAAAUGAAUGCCAGUUUUUUUGUGUUUUGCAUAGACGGGCUGGGCAAUGCGGAAAGCUGGGAAUCUGUGCGAAUUCUUUGUUGGUGGUCGUGAAGACUGCUCAAAUUUAAAGGAGCUGUGCUACGAUUUUAAAGGGAUACUACAAGGAAAUUUCGGUGCUUAUUUUAAGGUCUAUAUGUGUUCAAAGGAGCAGUAUCACAUCGAACACACCAAUAUCUUGUUAAAAAAGUUACGAAAUGGAAUUUUAAAACAAAUUAAAUGAUUAGCAAAAGGCACCUGGUGGAGUCGCUAACACCUCGUUUGUAAUGCACGUCUAGGAACCUUGACAGCUAGUGACGGUCAGUGUCUCGCCUCCGGCCACGAUGAGAGAAGGGGGUACGGAGGAACUCCCCUCUUCCCGAGAAUCCCUUUUGUACGUUCAAGAAGUAGCUAUUGUCUCCCUACAAGAUUGUAGAAGAUUAACCCGUCACUCAAAAUUCAUACAAAAGCAGCUGCUUUGGUUGCUGGAACGACUAGGCCAUCCU